AUGGAUCACUACCAAUACGAGUUUGAGCAUGUGAUGGGUAAGGACAACAUAGCUGACGCGGCUUCAAGGAUUGGUGGUAAAAGAGAAGAUCAACUAUUCGAUAACGGCGAAGAGCUGCAUGAAAUUUGCGCUGUAACAGCCGACACGAAGGAAAUCAACAGUCAGUUGCUGGCAUUGACGAAUGUACAGGUUAGAGAGGAGUUUGCUAAGGACAAUGAACUUCAGGAAGUCGCUCAGUGGCUGAAUGAACUGAAGAGAUGGCCCAGCAACAUUGCCAAGUACCAAGCUUUUCAGCAAGAUCUGUACAUGCAAGAUGGACUACUUAUGAAACGAGAAAAGAUAGUGUUACCAACUGAAUUACAUAGUCGUGCUCUGUCAUUGGCACACCGUAGUCAUCCAGGAAUGUCUACGAUGAAACAUUUCCUAAGGCAAGGACUCUGGUGGAUGGGUAUGGAUCGUAUGGUUGAGGAGUUCGUAGCGAGCUGCCCAGAAUGCCAAUUGGUUACUAAAACAAGCAAACCGCUUCCGAUCAAGAUGACUGAGCUACCGAAGAAUCCGUGGGAGUAUGUGUCUAUGGACUUCGCAUCGGCAUCAGAUUCCCACAAUUGGAAGGCACUGGUGCUGACUGAUAACUAUUCCCGGUUCCUCGUAGCUAUACCGAUGGACAAAACCGAUACUGAUGCCGUAAAGAGAGUACUCAGGAGAAUUUUCAAUACUUACUACGUCCCAAAAACCUUGAAGUCUGACAAUGGGCCGCCUUUCAACAGCACAGAGCUUAAAGAGUGGCUGAAAGACCAUUGGGGUGUGAAACUGAUCCACACUACACCAUUGAACCCGACUGAAAAUGGCCUUGUUGAAAGAAGCAUGCAAGGCAUAAAUAAAAUAACGGCUAUUGCACAUCUUCGGAAGGAUAACUGGAAGGAGGCACUUGCUGAUUACGUGGUGGCGUAUAACUCGUGGCCCCAUCAUGUCACCAAAAUACCACCGGCCGAGCUAAUGUUUGGAAGACCAGUAAGAGGUUUGCUACCAGAUAUACGGGCUGAUCAUCAGCAAAUGGAUGAUGACGAAUUACGCGAACGUGAUCGAAUAGCUAAGUUUGGCCGGAAUAUUCGAGAAGACAUUCGCCGAGGAGCUCAUGAUCUACAGAUAAGUGUUGGAGAUACAGUUCUUGUAGCCCACCAGAAGCGUGAUAAAGCAGAGGCAGUGUACAAGAAUGUGCUACAUAAGGUAGUUAAAAUAACUGGAGAAGGUCGAGCUACACUGGAAGAUAUGACGACGAACAAAACAUUUGAUAGGAACGUUAAGCAUUUGAAGAGAUUCAUGGAAAGACCCCCAGCAAAGGAAGUAGUAGAUAAUGUCAAGGGUAAAGUAUGA